CUCGCCAUUGUCUGCGCGGCGGUCCUUGCCUGCUGCGGGCACCGGCGGGCGGCGCGGCGGCUGCGGCCGCGAUGCUGAAGGGCUGCGCGCCCCCUCAGAGGCGGCAGCGGGCUCCAACCCUGGGGAGCAGCCACCCCGCCUGCUGAAGACUGAAACUUUGCGUCCCCGCCGCUCUCUCUCCUCCCCCUUCCUCUCGCCCUUCUCCAUGCGCUGAGCGGCCGCGGGGCGCCUGCUCGGCCCCAUGGACGCCUUCAGCGCUGCCAAGGCCAAAAUGGGGGCGAAGAGCGGCGGCGAGGCGGCGGCGGCGGGAGUGGCCGCGCCUCAGCCCGCCGUGCCGGCCCCCAGCCCCGCCGGUCCCGGCUCGCCCGCCGCACUGGAGCCCGUUUCCUACAAGCUGGAGGACCUGGAGACCCUGGCCACCGUGGGCACAGGUACCUUUGGACGUGUUCAUCUGGUGAGAGAAAAAAUGGGCAAGCGUUACUUUGCACUGAAAGUUAUGAGCAUUCCUGAUGUCAUUCGACUGAAGCAAGAGCAACAUGUGCACAAUGAAAAGUCUGUCUUGAAAGAAGUCAACCACCCGUUUUUGAUCAGAUUAUUUUGGACCAACCACGAUGAACGUUUUUUAUAUAUGUUAAUGGAAUAUGUGCCAGGAGGAGAACUUUUUAGUUACCUGCGCAACAUGGGGCGUUUCAACAACAGCACAGGACUGUUUUACUCGACAGAAAUUAUUUGUGCAAUAGAAUACCUGCACUCCAAAGAAAUCGUUUACAGAGACUUAAAACCUGAAAAUAUAUUACUAGACAAAGAAGGACAUAUCAAGCUUACUGACUUUGGAUUUGCAAAAAAACUGGUGGACAGAACGUGGACACUCUGUGGCACUCCUGAGUACCUUGCACCAGAAGUUAUACAAAGUAAAGGCCAUGGAAGAGCUGUGGAUUGGUGGGCCCUAGGAAUUCUUAUAUUUGAGAUGUUGUCGGGGUUUCCUCCAUUUUUUGAUGACAAUCCAUUUGGUAUAUAUCAGAAGAUUCUUGCUGGCAAAAUAGAUUUCCCGAGGCAUUUGGAUUUAUAUGUAAAAGACCUUAUUAAGAAGCUGCUUGUGGUUGACAGAACAAGACGACUAGGAAAUAUGAAGAAUGGAGCAGAUGAUGUGAAGAGACAUCGAUGGUUCAGGUCUAUAGACUGGGAUGCUGUACCUCAAAGGAGACUAAAGCCUCCCAUAGUGCCCAAAGUAUCCAAUGAUGGAGAUACUUCCAAUUUUGAAGCUUAUCCUGAAGAUGACUGGAACAAGACACCUCCAGUACCUCCUAAAGAUCUAGAAAUUUUCAAGAACUUCUGAAUGUAACAUCUACACUGGACAAGAAACUGGAAGGAAAUUGAAGUGCUAAGAGCAAGUCUGAAGAAUAAUGGAGUUCAGAUAUAAAUGAAGAUUUUCUUUGUGACUAAGAAUGAUACUGCAUUCAGAUAUGUGUAUUAAUAUAUAGUAAAUGUCUAAAAAGAUGGAGGCAGGCAGGAAUAAUUUUUGCUGUAAACAUUGGACGUUAGUAAAUUGUAAUAAUGAUAGUCUGCUCUUAAGUAGACUAACUAAAAAGAUAUUUUUACGAUUUUUUUUUAACUUAUGGUUAAGUUUCCUGCUAUUCCCACACCCUUUUUGCAUAGUUAACUCAUAGACUUAAUUUUAUAAGUUUAUACUAAACUUGUGUAAUAAAAAGCACAAAUUAGUAUAUAUGUAUAUAAUGAAUACAGUACAACUAAAGCACAGGAAUUGUGCAAAGAUGUAAAUUUUUGUACUUUGCAGAGUCUAUGAUUUUUAUUUUUCAAAUAAUGUUUUUCAAGAAGUUCUUUAGGAAUAAAAGUCUUAAAAAGGAUAAAUGAGUUUUUCAUCAUCUUAUAUACAUUUUAUAAUUCUUUGUAAAAAAUAAAAAUAAUUACGUUUUAAAAAAGAUUUGUACCUAAAAUUUCCAAUGCCUCACACUUACAACCAUAGUACUUGAAAGCAGAAAGACAAGGGCAUGUUUUAUUGUUAAGAUGCAUCUUAAUGGCUAAUUUAUGAAGUUCUGUUACAACUGUGUCUCUUUGCAAACCAGAAUUUUGAGUGGUUAUACACUGUCUGAAAUGAGAUUCCUCACAUGAAAACUGUUCGUAAACAUGCAAGUCAGUGCAUAAUGAUAAAAGAGCUUUAACUGACUCUGACAGUAGUUGUUCCCUCUCAAGCUUGUUGUCUUCUCCAAGUAUAAAGCAUGAGCUGUAACAGAUCUUUUUCAUUGGUGAAAUAGUUGUUGAAUGCUGGGCACUACAGAGUAUCAGAGGGAAGACUGAAUAUAUAGUAUAGCCUUAUUUUUCUGCUCCCCCUUUUUUGAAGAUGUCCUAGUACCUGCUGCCAGCAAUUUUGUAUGUACAGAGUUCAAACCUUAGAUGCACAGUCUUUUUUUUAAUCCUGUGCUAACAUCUUUCUAGCAGCUUGAGCACACUGUGUUUUGGAAGUAUUUGCAAUAUUGCUUCAUUUUAAGUAGCACUGAAUAUCAGUAUGUGCACAUGUAUGUAUCUAUGUAUAUGAAUGCACAGAAACAUGAAGGUAGAUUGUAUACUAGUCAGAAUCUCUUUUUUCCGGUUUUUUUUUCAUGUUACAUAUUGUGAUACUUGUGUUAAUAUAAGAGAGUUGAUUUUGAAGUGCUUCAGUUACAAAAAGCAAUUACAGUCUACAGGAUGUUGUGGGUUUAGAUAACUUCUAGUGAAAUUACCAUAUUUAUACCAAAUUUUUUCUGAAAUUACCAUAUUUAUCAUUUUAUGGCAGAUCUGUUACUGGGGUCUCCUUGUGGAAAAGUGACCUCCAUUUUUUUUGUUUAAACAAUACAGAAGUGCUGCUGUGAACCUGUAAUUUCUAGGGUAUUAGAUUAUUUCUUCAUAAAGCCAAGUGUAGAUUGUAUAACUCUUUGCAAAAAUGCACAAUGUGUAACAAAAUCAGGAUAUUUCAAAAUGAUAAUUCUGGGAUAUCAGAAAACUGUCGUGAUGCAAUCAAUGCAAGUUGAUGGCCACAGCUGCCACUCAAUAAAUAUUGUGUAGGAAUGUAUAAUGAAAUACAGGACAAUGCGUAGGAAAUUACAAUUUUGACCUAGUGUAAGUACCUUAUUCUCUUACAAAUAUAGUGGGCCAGAUUAAUUUUUUUAUCUGUGGAAGUUGGUAUUCUAAAUCAACUGGAAAAACUGAAACACAUAAAAUACAGCUUACUUUGUCUAAGGGGGAGCAAACAGUUCGGGAGUUUUCUUGAUGUGCAAGCUUAUGGUAUUUUAUGGACUCUGAAUACUACAACAUCAAUUUCUUAUUGAAAAAUUUGCAUACUGCAACAAGAAAGUGUGCUAAAUAUAGGAUUUUUCUUCAAAUUUCAAAGCUGCUCUGUGUCUUCAGAUCUGAGGAAAUGAAGUUGAAUUUGAAUAAUUUGCCACAGUGGUGGUUAAAGUUUGGAAUGCUUGAACAACAGGAGAUAGUGGAUUUUCUUUUUAUGAAUCUUAGCCAUUGCUGGCAGUGGAUGCACUGACACUCAUUAUGAUAGAGACUAAGGAAGUGAAUACAAUAUUAAUAAUAAUGAUAAUCCAUUGACUUUACAUUGUUUCCGAGCCAUGUGUACAUACACCUAACUACUGACCUCGUCGGCAUGCUUUCUAGUACAAAACUGCUUUCAAUUUUUUUAAAUUAAAAUCCUGAACUGAAAAAUAAAACCAAAACAUUUUUGAAUCAUUAUUUUAAGUGAUCAGUUAUUUUCUCUACAGUCCUGGACUUAAUGAGGUGUUAUUACCUGGCCGUUUCAUUUAUUUGCACAAGUGAGUCUGCUUUAUAUUAAGUCUUUACUGGGACUUCAUGGCCCACUAAUGUAGUUCUGUCUGAGUGCUCAUGCAGGUAAAUACUGCACUAAGAACUCUGGAUUUAUGGAUUUUUUUUUAAGAAGACUAGAACAUUUUUUCAGUUCCUAUUCAAGUAGGGUGUUCUCUGAAGUUCAUUUCAUUUUGAUUCUUUCUGUUAAUGUGUACUUCUGCGUAUAGACUGUUGCAUAAGGACUGUUGUCUUGCGAGAGAGCCCACAGGCCUUUGGUAUUCUACAUCCGUGAACAAGAAUAUUAAGCAUUAAAAAAACAACCUUUAUUUUUGAGUUUUAUAUAUAUAUAUAUUUUUAAUUGCCCAAUCUGAGGUUUGAAGCGAUAAACAUGAAUUGUAAACUCAAUUGCCUUGUAACCAAAUGAUAUAAAUGCUUCAUGAUUUCAAUGAAGAACAUGCUGUAGAUUUUCCUGUAAAUUAGCUUGAUCAAUGAAUAUGUGUGCUACUGAGCUUUAACUAAUGUGAUCUUCCACUGUAGAAAGUCAUUGUUAUGGAUCAAAUAUAGGUACUAAACUAUGUUUAAAUGGAUGAACAGGGAUUUUACAGUUUUGAAAGCAAUGAAGAUACGGCUGUUCCUCAGCCCAUCUGCUUGCCAUUCAGAAGAGUUGUGAUGCAGUGCUUCCUAUGCUAUAGAAUUAUUUUUCAGCUUUCAAUGACUGUAGCAUGAAUCCUUUUUGUACUGUACUGUGUACAGACUUCCCAUGUUUUGCACUUUUCUAUGGCAAACCUUGACUGCUUUAUAAAUACUCUGUUGUGUAGUAAGUAGUGAUAGUGGUAGCAGGCAUUUGUGUGCUGCAUAAUCCGUUUGGACUGCUCAACUUGCAAGGUUAACUUGGGCUAAUGUUGUGUGUUGGCUGGUUGCUUGUUGUAGCUCACAUGUGUAAGUACUGUUCAAAGUUACAAAGUCAGCCCUCAUUGCACAAUGAAAAUCACUGUGAUCUGUACAUAAACCCUAGUAAAACUUUAUUGCUGUUUAAUUUAAUGUAAUACCUGUCAAAUCUGGAUUCAUUUAAUAAAUCUUUAUAUCUUUUCAAAUGUUUAAA